GAUGCGAGCUCAAGGCUUACCUGUGCGCGGGUACACCCGUGGUUGGCCAGGGAAGACUGGCAGGACUUUCUUUGCAGCCUCUCCUUGCGAAAGAAUAACAGAGAGUUGCAACCGGACGCAACCAGACAGACCGCUCUCCGCCUGCACACCUUCCGUGGCUCGCGUGCCGAAGCCCGAAGUGCUUGGUCCUUCGAUUUGGGCUUCGAGAAGCCUCUUCCAGAGCGGUCCGAGAACCCAGGAUCGUGGGCAGAGGUAACACUGGGCCGGCUGAGAUUCCGAGCAACCCUGGACCUGAACGAGGUUGGCCAAGGACCCGGCUGUGCCUCCCAGGCCUUGCGCUUGGGGGUCGCUGUCUGCGGAAGUCGGCUUUGGGCGGGGCUGACCUUGGCGAUGCUCCAGAACCAGGCAGUGCCAGGCGCUGUUCAAGCCGGCCGUCUGUGGGUGGAGCUGUUUGGACAUGGUUUUCGGCCUAGCCCCCUGCGACGAAUGCUUGAUCUUCCUGGCUUCGGUGAUCUCUUCCUGCUCUCCAUGGUGAACUCAGCCGAUGCAUGGACUUUAGCGCAGGCUCUACACCCUGCAGCCAGCGCCAUGGGUUCCUUCAUUUCUCCCUCUGAGAGCCACCCGCAAAGUUGGACGCUGCCUUGGGCUUUCGGUGGCUCCGAUGAGGUUCUCGAUGGCCGGCUCCUCCAGAUGCUGCUGGGUGGUCAAGUUGUGGAGCUCGUGGCUGUCCAUGUCGCAGCAUCCACAGCCGGGCUCGUCCGGCGAAUGGUCGAGCUCAGCCUCCACAUCGUGAGCCAGGCGACUGUCCUGUGUUUCCUGGACGAGAAGCCUGCCCUGGAAAUGGAUGCAAUGGGUUUCGAGGUAGUCCCUGCACCCUCGCUGCUCCCCGACACCGGCGGCUGCUACCGGAUUGCUAGGCUUCAAGGAAAGCCCUUGGCCUUCCCGGGAGUUCGCAAAGAUUCGAUCUUCCGCUUCGGGAAGCAUCUGCAGGGCAGCGUCCCCGUGGCCUCGCUGUAUGGUGGCAACCUGAGAGUCCCUGCGCCGAGGAUUUGGCUCGAAGUGGGCUGCAACAACUGGGAGAUGCUACUCGAGAGCCUCCCGGAGGACGGUUCAGUCUUUCUGCUCACCCUGGAGCCUUUGGUGGACAAGUUCGCUUUUCUUCGGGCCCUCCGUCGGCCCCAUCACCUGGUGCUGCCCCUCGCCGUGGCCCCGAAGGUCAUGGGCCACUUCUCCACCAUCCGCUCCCAGAACUACAGCGACUUCCGUGGUCGUCCCGGUGCCCGCUUUCAGGAGAGUGGCGCCAGUUCUUUGCUGAGCUACGCCUCCGGGUUCCGGGACCAUCAGUGGGAUGGAGCUGAAGCCCAGUAUGCCAACUUCCGGGAGUAUUCAGUUCCCACGGUGUCUUUGGAGUGGAUCGUCGGAGCACUGCUCGGCGACCGCGAGGUCGAGUUUCUGAAGAUCGAUGCUCAGGGCCUGGACUUUGGGGUCUUCUCAUCCCUGGGGGAGUUCACAGAUCGCGUUCGGCGUGUGCAGAUGGAGCUGCACGAACACAUCAGGCACGACGGCGAGACGCCGUGCAGCGAGGUCGUCAAAGCCAUGGCUUCCAAGCACGGCUUCGUGCCGGUGAAAGGCGCAUGCGCGACCUUCGACCCGAAAGUGCACGACGAGACAGACAUCGUUUUUGCAAAAGCAGCCGUCUUCUCCAGUCUAGCAGGGUGUCUGAAUAG